CAACCGCCAUAAAACUCCAAAAGAAGGAGAAGAAGAAGAAGAACAAACGAAACAGCACCGGAAACAGAGGGAAGCGUUUGUUUUGGUGAAUGUGACAGUGGGCUGAAAAAUACAUAAUUUUAAAAUUUGUUUACCGCUGACUUUUAAGUACUCGCGCUGAAGUUAUGAAGCCAGCAGUUGAUGAAAUGUUUCCCGAGGGAGCUGGUCCGUAUGUGGACCUGGAUGAGGCAGGGGGCAGCAGUGGACUGCUGAUGGAUCUGGCCGCCAAUGAGAAGGCCGUACAUUCAGACUUUUUCAACGAUUUUGAAGACCUGUUUGAUGACGAUGAUAUUCAGUGAUGAAGAGGACAGAUAGGAUUUCUCCAUUGUAUAAAAUGUUGUACAUUUUAAGUGUUUUUCUUUCUUCACUUUAAGAGUGAUGUUGCAUUGUUAACUCUCAGUUGAAUAAUAAACUAUUGUGCAAUA